CUUCAGCAGCRACGAUGGAAAUGUCCUACGGUUCUGCUCUCCAUCUUCAGGAGAACUCCUUGUUCUUUGAUUAUGAUCUUCUUCUAGAAAAGUCUCUAGCUGAUCCAUCCUCAGAUCCUGGYUAUGUCAGCGCAGGCAGCAGCCUCUCUCCUACCUCCUCUGUGGAAACGUUUUGCUUUUCCCCGAUCUCCCGUCAGGCCUUAGGAAAGGAGCAAGAUGCCUUGAACUGUUUYCUCUUCAGCAGCACUUCRGAGCCUCAGCCAUCCCAACAGUCGGAGACCGUCUUCAGCUCCAGGCCUUCCUCUUCAGCUACCGCCCCCAUGAAGAAGUCCAGGUCCAAGUAUCCAAGUAAAAAGCGGCAGACUGCAAGCGAGAGGGAGAAGCUGAGGAUGAGGGACCUGACCAAAGCUUUGCAUCAGCUCAGGACAUACCUUCCUCCCUCCAUGGCGCCAGCUGGGCAGCUGACCAAGAUCGAGACGCUGCGCCUCGCCAUUAGAUACAUUUCUUAUCUGUCGGAGCAGCUGGGGCUCCGCCAGGGGAUGAUGGAGCARAGGAGAACCUCAGGCUUUGUGGAGCCGGCCCAAACACUCAGCCAGUUCCUGGAUCAACCAACAGCCAUGAACACAGAGCAGCUGUCCUCUCUGCACCAUUCAUAUCAGGAUUUAAGUGCGGGUUACUUCGCCAGCGAGGAGUCCUGGAAUCACCAUGAAUGAUCAAAAGCUUUGGCCUUCACUGGACAGAAUUGAAAUGCCAUCAUCCUCAAUGAGAUUUGUUGCAAAAAGUAAACUAAUAUAUGGUCUGAACUUCUCAAGCUUCUAGUUUUGAACAAAUCAUUUUCUGUUGCUUACCUAC